UGAGGCGCUGGCUGAGCAAAAACGUCAUGUUCACGGAUGUUUCAUUAGAUUUCGGCUGGCUACGUGAAACGUGCGCAAAACCCAAAUCGAAACUUGAGCCCCUAAUAGUGAAAAGUGCUAAACACUAAAAACCUUUACGGCAAUUCCACUCUUUUGUGCUUAAAGUGUGCAAAAAAGUAUUCAAAGUGUAACAGCUGACUGGCCAUAAAAAAAGGAACCGGAAAUGAAUACAAUUCACUGUUAUUGUGGCUAUAACGCCCUGCUAAAUCAAUAAACAAGCCGGAAAACCCAUAAAUUUGUAAUGCCACAAAACAUUUGAAAACAUAUGAUGUGUAAAGUCGAAAACAAUGAUAAAGUGUUUUAAGUGCUGCGAGAUAAUCCGAGUUUUUCAGUGAGAGUUUCAGCUAAACAAUGGAAUAGAAAGCGGAAGAGUUUUAUUAUUAUUUUGGCUUUAACUGUCUGCUAAAUCAAUAAAGGAAAGGACUUUGAGUUAGAGCUAGUACCCCCGAAACAGUAACGGACAUACAUGUAAACGCAUUCAGAGUGUUGAAAAGCCAAAAGGCCGGUCAGUGGUUCAAAAAGCCGGAGCAUAGGAGCCAAGCCUCUGCUCUUAUCGUGUUGUUAUUGUCGAAACGGGGUCAAAAGUUCGUGUCUCACUCGCUAAUUCAACCACACAAACCACACACACUCGCACACCACCCAGAUAACGCUUCCUCAAGUGCAGCCAAAGACACUGCGUCGCCCGUCUGGCAGAUAAGCAUGAAAAAAGCAUAAGAAAGCAUAGGAAAAGCAAGAGAAAAGCAGACAAAGGCAUUAGUCAAGUGCCAAGUAACUCAAAACUGCAGCCGGAGUGGAGGCUUAGGCCUACCGAAACACACGGAAAAGCCAGCCGAAAAACAACACCGAAUACUAGACCGAACUAAACUAGGCCAAUUCGAGGCGAGGCGGGGGAAAAGCGCCGGGAAAAGUGCUCUGGAAACGUAGAGAAAUAAAAUAAAAUAAAAAUAAAACAAUAGCAGCGGCUCCCUGGCCAUUUGUCAAUGACUGGGCCACUCGCGUGACUGCCGAUUCCUGGGGAAAGUGGAAUAACUGUAGCCGACACAGACUCCGGAACAAGGAGUACUCCGAAAAUUUGUGGCCACAUUUCGUGUACGACGGCAUAAAACAGAAGCGGCAAAUAGAAAAGCCAAACGGCGGCUAAGUUGCUUUUGUCCGCCCUCGGGGGAGGCGUUGGAGGACGAGGAGGAGAAGGAGGAGUUGGCCUGGCAAUUGGCCAAGUUAAUAGAGAGCCGGGGGGGCCGAUAAUGACGUUGCUGGAGCUGCUGCCGCCCAUGCUGAUGAUGAGGCUGCUAACUUGGUUAUUGCUGCCAGCCUAGAGACACAGGACCAGAGCGACAGACCAGUUACCCGGACCCUUCAGAUCCUUUUGAGGCCCAGCGGACCAACCAGCCCCACCAGACAGACAACAAAAACAAGGUCUGAGGCUGCAGCGCCGGGCUUACUGCAUUUCCGCAUCUUGUUCCUGUCGCCGCCCGUCGCUGUCAUCGUUAUAGCCGUAUAGCCCCCGUCAUUUCCACAGCCGGAGUCACCAUGCCCAUGGCCCAUCCACUGCCGCUCUGCGUGGCCUGGCUGCUGCUCCUCGUCGUCAUUGUGAUGAGCGACAUGACAAAUGGCGGUGUGCAGGGACCCAUCGAGGGCUACAAUUCGCUGGACGACCUGCUGACAACCACGCCGACUCCCGGCCAGGCGGCCCUGCUGCUGCCCACCGCGCCCACCGCCGCCUACACCCAUCCCAAGUGGAUGGAGCCCUACUUCGAUCCCUCGACGCCGCGCAAUGUCACCGCCCUCAUGGGCAAGUCCGCCUAUCUCAGCUGCCGUGUGCGCAAUUUGGCCAACAAAACGGUGUCCUGGAUCCGGCACCGCGACAUCCACAUACUGACGGUGGGCUCGUACACCUACACCUCCGACCAGCGCUUCCAGGCCACCCAUCACCAGGACACCGAGGACUGGACCCUGCAGAUAAAGUGGGCCCAGAAACGGGACGCCGGGAUGUACGAGUGCCAGAUAUCCACGCAGCCGGUGCGCAGCUAUUUCGUCCGCCUCAAUGUCGUGGUGCCAACGGCCACCAUCCUGGGAGGUCCUGACCUUCACGUUGAUAAAGGCAGCACCAUAAAUCUCACUUGCACUGUAAAGUUCAGCCCCGAACCGCCGGCCUACAUCUUUUGGUACCAUCACGAGGAGGUCAUUAAUUAUGAUUCAUCAAGAGGCGGCGUGUCGGUAAUUACCGAAAAGGGCGAUGUGACAACCUCAUUUCUGCUCAUACAGAAUGCAGAUCUGGCCGAUUCGGGCAAAUACUCCUGUGCGCCCUCCAAUGCAGAUGUGGCCAGUGUGCGUGUGCAUGUCCUAAAUGUUCGGGCCAUAAUUUCAGGUGAACAUCCGGAGGCAAUGCAAACCGGCUCAUCCGGCUGUCAGUACAAUUGGCUGACUAUCGUCCUGCUCCUGGGCCUCGUCCUUUGCUACAGUCAACAGUGCAGCUCCGGCGCAGUGGCAGCAUCAUUAACAUGGCCAUUACCAUUACCAUCACAAUCACCAUUACCGGCGGCAGAGGCAGCGGCAGCAGCAGCAGAAGCAGCGGGAGAAAGUGCAUCCAGUGAAAGUGUGGCAGCCGCAGCGGCAGCAGCAGAGCCAGCCGCAACAACAACAACGAGAAAGCGGUGUCCUGCGGUCAAAAGUUGUCGCCAGGCCACCGGCCAGCUCCUGGCCAAAAGGUCCUGUCACAGAUGAUCAAAUGAAGGCCACAGCAGCGCCAACUAAAUAGAGUAAUUUAAGCAGCCACAUGAAAUGUGUGCGAGUGAGUGUUCGCCUAGGUACCCACUGAGUGUGUGAAUGGUCGUUUGAGUGUCAGCUAUUCAGCCCCUAGUAAGUCAGUUUUAAACUUGUACUCAAAAACCACAUUGCGGAACAAUGGCUUAAUAGUGGGUUUAUUAACACACUAAACUUUUAUGUUAACAACCGAUUUUUAUUAUUUGAUAUUUUUAAAUAUUCAUUUGGUCUCUGUUUUGACAACAUUGAAUAGACUCUAUUCGUUUUUUUUUAUUCACUUCCUUAAUUGUUCUUUUUAGUUAUUAUUUAUCUACCAGUAUGGCUUUUAUUAUUAAAUUUAUAUUUGAAUACUGAUUGAAUCCCAAUAAGAAUGACAUGAUUGACAAUCUAGAAGUGUCUAUUUAAUUUGAUUAAUUUUGCGAACUUAUUUGCCUCAAAAAAACCAAAACUUUUCAUUAAACAUUGUUAAUUAAAAUAUUAAUAUCCACUGAAAUAUCUCCCAGCCGUACUCUUCUGCCCCAGCCGUUGUAAAGCAAUGUAAUUAUAUAAAUAUAUAUAUAUGUAAGCCUAUUGAUUACAAUUUAAUGUGUAUAUUUAAACAAAAUCAAAAUUUACUAUAAGAUGCGUGUAAAUAACGAACUUAAAUAUAAUUACGAGGCAAACAGAAAAAAUAUGUACCGCAAACAUAGCAUAGGAAUGAGUAAUCUCUAUGGCCGGCGGCGCUGACUCUUUUAAUAAAUUAAUGAAUAAUCAAAUAAAGUGCAGUGUACAGUGCGAGUGCCGGGCUCGAUAUUAAAUAAUUAGAUAAAAACGUAGACAAGCCAAAUAGCAACAAAAUGAGAGCAGCAGUGAGUCAUAAAACAUUUAAAUUGAUUGCCAUAUCAUGCAAAUAUUUGCACUGCGCAAUGCUCCGCCAAACCAAAUGUAAAUUCGAUUUUCUGCUUUAUUCACCCACGCAAAAUACAAUUUAUUUAAUUUUUUAUUGCAUUGAUAUUAAUGUCACAGUUUCAUAAUUGACGGUAAGCCAGCCUGCCACGUUUCGAAAUGAUUAAAAAAUUCCUCGCCAUAUUUGCCUAAUAAUUUCUUUAAAAUGCCUGAAAUAUUUGCAACGCUCUGCGCAUUUUGGCGAUUUUUAAAUGUCACUUCCAGUUGGCAGCAUUACCUAAGCUGAAUAAUGGGUAUCCAUUAGUUUUGCAAUCUUAAUUAAAGCCCGUGGUGUCGUGCCAAAUGGCCACCAACUGCGCAACGCCUAUUGGGCCAUUUUCUAUGGCAGUAUUUUCAAACUUUAAUUGCAAUUAAUGGAAAAAGAGUGCGGGACGUAUAAAAAUAAUUACAACCAACAAAAUAUCAUAACUAUUUCACUCAAUAAAUUGAUUUAAUUAGGCAUUAAAAUGUGAAAAAUUCAAACACCAAUAUCGAGCAGAACGACUCUGUUGACGCACCGCAAAUGUUAUAAAUCAUAAUUGUUAUAAUUAAAUAACAACAGUUUGUACGGGCCCGCAGAAUAACUAACAUUUGCCAUUCCAAUCAAGCAAUAACCAAUUCAAACUCAUUGUGAAUGCUGGCCCAAUUAAAAUGUGAUGUGAUUUUGCCCCAUCUUGUGUUUGGACACAAUUGUUAUGAAACGUAAUUUGGCAUUAUACGCUGCCAUAUUGUUUGCUGUGGCCAAACUAAUUUUAUUAAUUUCCGUUAAGCUUAAAAAUAAUGUUAGCCAUAAGCCGUCUUUAUGGCAUCAUAAGAGACAAUUUCAAAAUGCAGCUAUCAACGUUGAAUUUAACCCCACUUAUGGCUUUCUUAUUGAAUUUUCUCGUCGCCUUUUAGAUGCCGGAAAUCAUGAAAAGCAUAUUCAUUCGGAGAUGUUCUUAAACAUUUACAUAUUAAAUGCCCGGCUCAGAUUGCAAUUUCCCCCGUUCUGGUUUAACUGACGACAGCUAAUCUCCUAAUUGUUAAUGCAACCAAUCAAAACUAUAAGCAGUCGGCCCACAAAACACAUAUGAAUAUAUAUAUAUACCUGCGUUUAAGUGUGAAUACGAACAUAUGCCAGCCAAUUUGAAAUUCUAACUCGACGGAAUGCUAAUGCCAUAAGCCCACGAGCAUUUGCCAUAAACCUUUAAAGCGCGUCACAUAAAUCCACAUAUGCAUAUGCAUACUCGUAGGCCAUCGGCUAAGUACUUCCUGUAUAUUAAAGUUAAUUAGUGAGACCCUAGAGUUAUGCAUUAGUCAAGUAAAUCUAUGGCUAUGUGUACACUAAGGACAUAGUUAAAUAGUUGUAAUAAAGCAAUCGAACUGUGUAAAACGAACUACUUUUAACUGUUGAACCCAAACUAAAUGGCAAACUAGUGAAAGCAUAAUACAAAUAUGACAUCGUAACGAGACAUAGCAAAACAUAACAAAUAACAAAUAACACUAAUAAACAAAUAGCAACGAUAACAAAAGAGUGUGUUUUUGUUUGUCUUUGGUGCAAUGAUUGUCGCCACAGUAAUGUAAAACAACAAGCAAAAAAAAACAGAAGAGACA